AUGGCGUUUCUUAACGACGAGAAUUGUAAUUAUCUAUUACCAAUUGAUGAUGAAGAAAUAAACAGAUUACAAUCUCAACAUUAUCUUUACAGGUACGCAUGGGGAGGGAAUUUUUCUAGCCCAGUAGAAGAAUUACUUAGUGAUAGUGUCGGUAACGUUACGGUCCUUGACGUGGGAUGUGGGCCAGCGACAUUUCUACUAGAAAUGGCAUCAGAUUUUCCUCAAGUUAAUUUCAUUGGAAUUGAUGUUUGUCCCAUGUUCCCUUCACAUAUUAAACCUUCAAAUCUGAAAUUCAUUCAAAUGAAUAUAUUUAAUAAUGACGGAUUAUGUCAAUUACCAUUUAGCGAUAAUACCUUUGAUUUCGUUUAUCAAAGUUUUAUGAAUUUGUCGCUUAAAGAAGGUCAAUGGUCGAAUGUAUUGACCGAACUAUGUAGGAUAACAAAACGUGGCGGUUGGAUUGAAUUGAUGGAGACCGAUUUACAAUUCCAUAAUGAAGGCGAAAUCUCUGCUGAAUUGAAAAGAUUGUUAUUUUCUUCUUUAAAUUCUUUGACGAUAAAUCCAAGAAUUUCUCAACAACUAUCGCAAUUACUUCUCAACACAAAUCAAUUAACAAAUUUAGCGCGUCAACAACAGCUGAUUCCGUGCGGUUCAUGGGGUGGAACGUUAGGCAAUCUGGCUAAAGAUAAUGUUAUCUCAUUCUACAAAUCUAUCCAACCUAUAAUACAACCUGUUAUGAAUAUAAGUGCUAACGAAUAUAAAAAGAAGCGUGGGAGUCCAGACCAUGAAUCCAUUGCCGAUCGUUUUGAAUGCACGGAUCAAUAA